GGAGCUCGCGUGUGGGCCGUGUCCCAGCCGUAGCGGGGAGAGGAUCGGCCAUGUCCCCCGUUUAACUCUUGGUGAAGUCCAGGAUGAAAUCGGCUCUUAAAAGCCUGCCCCUCGUAUUGUCGCGUCACCUUAGCACCGCUUGGCCGCCAUGGAGGCGAAGAAAUCCAGAUAAAAAGAAGUCUCUGGCUACACAGUUUUGGACAGAACCUCAGAGGCAUCAGAAGAGGUGAAUAAAAAAGAUGCUAAUGUUUGACCCAGUCCCUAUCAAGCAAGAAGCCAUGGAGCCUGUUUCAGUGUCGUACCCAUCCAAUUACAUGGACCAAAUGAAGCCAAACAAAUAUGGUGUCAUUUAUUCUACACCAAGUAUGUUGCACAAUAAAUUCUACUCAAACCCUGAAGGAGUAUCAAAUGGAAUCCAGAUGGAGCCAGUAGACCUUACGGUAAAUAAACGGAGUUCACCACCUUCAACUGGAAGUUCUCCUUCCCCGCUAAAAUUUCAGACUGGGCAUAGGAGAAGUUCACCUGGAUUGACUCUGUCCUCACCCAGCUCACCUCUCAGUAAAUUCACACCGUCACCCCCAGGAGUACAGCCUCUUUCUAUGCCAAUAACAAUCCCACCUGUAAUGGCCGCUGCUCUUUCACGCCACGGACUGAGAAGCCCUGGGAUACUCCCAGUUAUACAGCCUGUUGUGGUCCAGCCAGUUCCUUUCAUGUAUGCUCCCCAUCUCCAGCAGCCUAUCAUGGUGUCCACAGUUCUUGCAGAUGAGAUGGAAACUCCAAGUAGCAUGCAAGUGCCUGUCAUUGAGUCUUACGAGAAGCCCACACUGAAGAAAUCAAUCAAAGUAGAGCCAGGAAGUGAACCAUCAAAGACUGACUUCUAUCCUGAACAAAUGUCACCUCCAAUGAUGACCUCAUUGUCUCCUCAGCAAGUAAUGUUGCAAGAGAAUCACCCUUCAGUUAUAGUUCAGCCAGGAAAGAGACCUUUACCUGUGGAAUCUCCAGACACACAAAGAAAACGCAGAAUACAUCGAUGUGAUUAUGAAGGCUGCAACAAAGUCUACACUAAAAGCUCCCACCUGAAAGCUCACCGAAGAACCCAUACAGGAGAAAAACCGUACAAAUGCACUUGGGAGGGAUGCACGUGGAAGUUUGCUCGUUCCGAUGAACUAACGCGGCAUUUCCGCAAGCACACGGGAAUCAAACCCUUCCAGUGUCCAGACUGUGACCGUAGCUUUUCACGUUCGGACCAUCUUGCUCUUCACAGGAAGCGCCACAUGCUAGUCUGAAUGUCUUCUGUCCCUGACUCCUGUCACACUUUAUUUGUUUUUUACACAUGCAUUUUAAUUUGGAUUCAGCUGGUCUGGAUCUCUGAGUUUAUACCAUUAAAAGCGUACGUAUGGUCAGUAACAGAUGUUAUCUAACCCUUCUAUGUCCUUGCCACGGGUCAGACCUAAAGAAUGUGAACACGUCUUUUUUUUUCUCCGGGGGGUGCUAAGCAAACCCUUUCUGUAUUCAGUAUGUUUAUUGUAUUUCAUUUGUGAAUAAGGGAAUUUUUAAACUAACAGCUUUUGUUGGUUCCUUCGUAUAAUCAACCCAGCAUAUACUGGUAAAAUAGUAAAUGUUAUUGAAUAUCCAAAAUGCUAGUCCUUGCCAGAGACUGUUAUAUAUGUGCCCUGUAAGGGAUACACUCUCAUUUUAUGCUCAGCAAUGCAAUGAAUGGACUCUCCCAGCUGUGUUGAUUUCUGCAAUUUGGUUAAUACAACAGUUUUACAAAGACACCUGAUUUAGAAAUCCCCUCUGCCCAAACAGUGAGUAAUGCGGAGGAAAUAAAUCUAAACAGAUUAAUUGCUUCACAGAAA